GUUCAAGUAUAUCAGAGAAUUCGAGAAAGAAGAAGAAGAAGAAGAAAGUGGUGAAAGAUGGAGAGGGAGCCGACACGAGUGAUGGUGGCUGUGAACGAAUCGACGAUCAAAGGGAAGCCUCACCCUUCGAUAAGCAGCAAAAGAGCUUUCGAAUGGACUCUGGAGAAAAUGGUCCGAUCCAACACUAGCGAUUUCAAGAUUCUCUUGCUACAUGUACAUGUUGUGGACGAAGACGGUUUUGAUGAGGUAGACAGCAUAUAUGCGUCUCCUGAUGAUUUCAGAGACAUGAGAGAGUCUAACAAGUCUAAAGGUCUUCACCUUCUCGAGUUUUUCGUUACAAAAUGUCAUGAGAUUGGGGUUAGUUGCGAGCAUGGAUCAAGAAAGGUGAUCCAAAGGACGUUAUAUGCCAAGAAGUUAGCCGGGUCCGACCAGAUCUUCUUGUUUUGGGAAGCCGUGGUCUAGGCCGCUUCCAAAAGU